AGGGGCCUACGCUUCUCAUCACUCUCUCCACCACCUAAUCCUCUCUCUCUUUCUCUUUCUUUCUUCUUCUUCAUUUCUUCAAACUCUCUCUUUCAGAUUUCAAGAAACCCUUAAAAUCCUCUCUCUGUCUCUUUCUGUUUGUUUGUUUUCUUGUUUCCCUCUCUCUCUCUCUCUAUCUUUCUUUGUCUCCUUUCCCAGGUUUUUCUUUCUUUCUUGCUUUCUCUGCGUUCUUGACUCUCAAAAGACUCUCUCUCUCUUUUGGGUUGAUUUUGGACUCUAGGGCUCUUUCUUUUUGUUGCUGUUGCUAUUGUUGUCUGUGAUGAUUACUGAACUUGAGAUGGGGAAAGGUGAGAGUGAGCUUGAGCUUGGUCUUGGCCUUAGUCUUGGCGGUGGAACGCCUGCCAAGAUUGGUGGUGGUGGCGCGUGGGGAGAGCGUGGGAGGCUUUUGACGGCUAAGGACUUCCCUUCUGUUGGCUCUAAACGUGCUGCUGACUCUGCUUCUCACGCUGGUGCAUCUCCUCCUCGUUCAAGCAGUCAAGUUGUGGGAUGGCCUCCUAUUGGGUCACAUAGGAUGAACAGUUUGGUUAAUAACCAAGCUACAAAGUCGGCAAGAGAAGAAGAAGACGCUGGUAAGAAGAAAGUGAAUGAUGAUCAGCCUAAAGAUGCGACAAAGAAAGUGAAUGGGAAAGUGCAAGUUGGGUUUAUUAAGGUGAACAUGGAUGGAGUUGCUAUAGGAAGAAAAGUGGAUUUGAAUGCCCAUUCAUCUUACGAGAAUUUGGCGCAAACACUGGAAGAUAUGUUCUUUCGAACUAAUCCGGGUACUAUCGGGUUAACGGGUCAGUUCACUAAACCGUUGAGGCUUUUGGAUGGAUCGUCUGAGUUUGUACUUACUUAUGAAGACAAGGAAGGUGAUUGGAUGCUUGUUGGCGAUGUUCCGUGGAGAAUGUUUACCACCUCGGUGAAAAGGCUUAGGGUGAUGAAAACCUCUGAAGCUAAUGGACUCGCUGCAAGACAUCAAGAUCCAAAUGAGAGACAACGAAACCAGCCGAUGUAGAUCUCAUUUCGACAAUAUGCUGUUACAGGUUUUAUAUUUUGGGUUGUUUUUUUUUGGUUGCAAUUAUGAGAUACUUAUGAAUCAAAGCAUAAGGAAAGAAGCAGAAGCUAGGUUGAUCUUAUAUCCAGUUUGUGUUUUCUCUUGGUUCCUCUAAUGGUUUUUUUUUAUAUAUUUUUCCUGGUUGGCUUUAGGGUUUCUUUUUUUUGGUCUGUCUUUUUAAAUUUCGGUUGAGAUUUCAUCAUAUACUAUGGAUCGAAGAGAAUGCUCUUUAUUUCUUUUACUACACUGUAAAUAUUUGAAGCGCUUAUCUGAUAGUAUGUCUUUAAGGGUUUUUUCUUUUUGCUUA